ACACGGCUAGCUGCGUAACUAGCUAGCUGAAAUAAGAUGACAUUGUUUUGCGCAGAAAAUAACUUGACGAGCCACGAUUGCCAAUUUGUAUAACACAUUUUUCAAAUUGCGUAAACUAACUAGCCAGCAAGCAAUCAAGCAUUAAUGACUAGCCAGCUUCCUAACUAGCUUGCAAGCUAACGUUAGCUCGUGAUCUCGGUUACAGUAAGAAGUGUGCGUGAUUAAAUUUUAGAUUGGGUUUGGGGGUGCUAGCCUAGCUAACGUUAGCUAUGGAUGCGUGAAUCUUAAGGUGGUUAUGUCAAGCCCAGUAAAUCUGACGUAUGAUGUGUUUGAUGGGAAAGGGACAGACACUCCCCUCGUAUUUCUUCACGGUUUGUUCGGCAGUAAAUCCAAUUUCCACUCGAUAGCCAAGUCUCUGGUGCAAAGAACAGGGAGAAAGGUGCUGACUGUAGAUGCUCGUAACCAUGGACACAGUACGCAUAGCCCUGUUUUGACCUAUGAAGCGAUGACCAGUGAUCUUCGGCAGCUCCUUGGCCAGCUGCACAUAGGAAAAUGUAUUCUGAUUGGCCAUAGUAUGGGAGGCAAGGUGGCCAUGUGCACAGCUCUGAUGCAGCCAAGUCUGGUGGAGCGACUUGUUGUGGUAGACAUCACUCCAGCGCAGUCCACGACACGAACCAACUUCCACGCCUACAUCCAGGCCAUGAAGGAAGUGAAGAUAGCCGGUGCCAUCCCCCGCUCUACAGCACGCAGGCUGGCCGAAGACCAGCUCCGCAAUCUCAUCAAGGAACGUUCUGUGAGACAGUUUCUCUUGACCAACUUUGUGGAAGAAAAUGGUCACUACGCUUGGAGAGUGAACUUGGAGGCCAUUUCUAAGCAUCUAGAAGACCUCAUGAGUUUCCCCAAUUUUGACGCAACAUAUGAAGGACCAACACUUUUUCUGGGUGGAAGCAACUCCGCUUACAUCAGCUCUGAGGAUUACCCUGAGAUCCAGCGUCUGUUUCCCGCUGCAGACAUCCAGUACAUCCCCGACGCCAGCCAUUGGAUCCACGCAGACAAGCCUCUAGACUUCAUCAGCUCCAUCAUUUCCUUCCUGCAGUCCUAGCCGCGUGUGUCGGGCGCCGCCCUGGACAGCCGGAAAGGGAGCUGGACCAAACAAACUUUACCAACACAGCGCAACAUAAUCCUCUAGGCCCCUCAGCUCGUAGCAGGAGGUCCUAUCGCACCUGUGCAUAUGUUUAAUGUAUUUAACCCGUUCUGUGUUCGUCAAGGUUAGGUUCUAAUCCAAAGAUUAUUUCACGCAAAUAUAUAUUUGUGUAUCUUUUAAUGGAGGUGGUUUUGGAUGAAGGUGGCAAGUAGCUGCUGCAGUCGUGGUGGGGGACAUUGGCUGUGCCAGCUUGCUAUGAAUCCCAUAUGUGGGGUGUUACAGGAUACUGCCCACCUUGCCUCUGCAUUCCAUGUAUUGGAGGUCAUUUUUUUCAAAGGAUAAUGCAACCUAUGCAACAGAGAGGUUGAACUUGUGUUAAGUGGCGUUUUAAUAGUGUGAACAGGCUCUAUAUACAUAUUUUUACUAUCACUAAGAGUAGUGUGAAUUUGAUUCUCUCAAGUAUGUGAUAGCUGCACUUUGGUUGACACUGAACCCGUUCAGUUUUAUCUUUCUACAAAUUUUUUCAACGGGUGAAAGUGGUAGUAUCUCGGGAGACAGCUUAGAUGCAGUACACGUUGUAAAUAUACUUUGUCCUUAUUCAAAUGUGUAGCUACUUAUACAAAUAUGAGAACUUGUCAGGUACUGUAUUUGGGGGACUUUAUUGAAACAAUCCGUUUUGUCAGUGACUAUCAGUUGUUUGAAUGUUGUUUGUUAUUCAUCUUAUUUAGGUGAUGACGCAAAGAGUUAUUAACUGUUAUAACCUUACACUGAGUAAAGAUUUGCUUAUUGACUUAAAAAUGCUUGCUGCCAUACUGUUGCCAAUUUACCAGACUGGUUUUUUGCCUGGUCAUUCCCUCUGUGUAGUUACAGUAAGGGAAACCAAGUUAAAUGAUAGUUCCUGUGUUCUAUGUUUUUGUUUAUGAUAUUGGUUCAGGAGCCGCCUUUGUGCCUAUGUAAUAUCAGAAAUAUUUUGUGCAAUAGGUAUAUCGGGCUCAUAUUCAUAAAGCGUUUCGGAGGGGCGCUGACUUGGGGUCAGUUUUCCCCCAUCUGUUGCAACAUUAUUCGUUAUGAGCUAAAAGGUAAGAUUGAUUCUAAAUGAGCUCUUCUAACCUGAGACGCUUUUUGACUACAGCCCCUGGCCAACAGUGAAGUAACUGCCGUGCAAGGCUAACGGAGCCCUAAAGCACAAUGUGUUAUGGUUAGCACUGGUAUUAGUUUUAAAGACCCUAGAUUGGAGCAUGUCCGCACUAGCUAUGUGCAACACCUUAUGGAUUUUGCCUCACGUUGUGUUGCACAAGGCAGAGUUCUGUCAUGUUGAAUAUUUCAGCUACUGGACUGGUUGUACUCUAGAAACUCAUUGUGAUAUGUGUGUAUUUGUAUAAAUGUGACUUUAUUCAACAGUGUAAACAACAUAAACAAUUUUUCUUCAGACACACCAUACACAGCUGUUACGGUUUCUGAAAGCAUGCCUUGUCAUUCUUGUAGGGUUGAUGAUCACAUUGUCAUUAAAUAUAUUAUUAUGCAA